AGGGCAACCAGGGCUCCGGCUGGCAGUGGCGAUGGCGGCGUCCUUGCGCCAGGUGGUUGCGGGCACCUGGCGGCAGCCGGAGCGACACCUGCUUGCGCUGCAGUGUGCAACACGCCAUUCAAGAUGGUGCCUUAUAACGUCACGUACAUUCUAUACAGCUGAAUAUGAUCCCAACGAAAAGACAUUUGAGAAACUCCUUAUUGCCAACAGAGGAGAGAUUGCAUGCAGAGUGAUUAAAACAUGCAAGAAGAUGGGCAUUAAAACUGUUGCUAUACAUAGUGAUGUUGAUUCCAGUGCUGUUCAUGUGAAAAUGGCGGAUGAGGCUGUCUGUGUUGGCCCAGCUCCCACCAGCAAAAGCUACCUCAACAUGGAUGCCAUCAUGGAAGCCAUUAAGAAAACCAGGGCCCAAGCUGUCCACCCAGGAUAUGGAUUUCUUUCAGAAAACAAAGAAUUUGCCAGGCGUCUGGCAUCAGAAGGUGUCACCUUUAUUGGACCUGACACACAUGCUAUUCAAGCUAUGGGAGACAAGAUUGAAAGCAAAUUAUUAGCCAAGAAUGCAAAGGUCAACACAAUCCCUGGCUUUGAUGGAGUGGUCAAGGAUGCAGAUGAAGCUGUCAGAAUUGCAAGGGAAAUUGGCUACCCUGUCAUGAUCAAGGCCUCAGCAGGUGGUGGUGGGAAAGGCAUGAGAAUCGCUUGGGAUGAUGAAGAGACCAGGGAAGGCUUUAGAUUUUCAUCUCAAGAAGCUGCUUCAAGUUUUGGUGAUGAUCGACUAUUGAUAGAAAAGUUUAUUGAUAACCCUCGCCACAUAGAAAUCCAGGUUUUGGCAGAUAAGCAUGACAAUGCUUUGUGGCUGAAUGAAAGAGAGUGCUCCAUUCAAAGAAGAAAUCAAAAGGUUGUGGAAGAGGCACCAAGCACUUUUCUGGACCCUGAGACAAGAAGAGCAAUGGGAGAACAAGCAGUAGCUCUUGCCAAAGCAGUAAAAUAUUCCUCUGCUGGAACUGUAGAAUUCCUUGUGGACACCAAGAAGAAUUUCUACUUUUUGGAAAUGAACACUAGACUUCAGGUUGAACAUCCCAUCACAGAAUGCAUUACUGGCCUGGACCUAGUCCAAGAAAUGAUCCGUGUUGCUAAGGGUUACCCUCUCAGGCACAAACAAGCUGAUAUUCCCAUCAACGGCUGGGCGGUUGAAUGUCGAGUUUAUGCUGAGGAUCCCUACAAAUCUUUCGGUCUGCCAUCUAUUGGUAGAUUGUCUCAAUACCAAGAACCACUACAUGUGUCCAAUGUACGUGUUGACAGUGGCAUACAAGAAGGAAGUGAUAUCAGCAUUUAUUAUGAUCCCAUGAUCUCAAAACUAAUUACAUAUGGCUCUGAUAGAGCUGAAGCAUUGCAAAGAAUGGAAGAGGCUCUGGACAAUUAUGUAAUUCGAGGUGUGACUCACAAUAUAGCUUUACUGCGAGAAGUGAUAAUCCAUCCACGCUUUGUUCGGGGGGAUGUCAGCACUAAAUUUCUUCCCGAUGUGUAUCCUGAUGGCUUUAAAGGACACAAAUUGACAGAUCUCGAGAAGAGGGAACUACUGGCAAUAGCAACUUCUUUGUAUAUGGCUGAACAACUGAGAUCACAGCAAUUUCUAGGGUCUCCAAGAAUUUCUCUUGCUAAGCUGGAUCUGAACAACUGGGAGCUGUCGGUACAGUUAGGAGACGGAACUUACUCUGUUACAGUUUCAAACAACGGGUCAACAUUCUCUGUGGAAGUUGAUGGGAUGAAACUAAAUGUGACCAGUGAGUGGAACCUGGCUUCACCCUUAUCGUCUGUCACCAUUGAUGGCACUCAGAGGACUAUACAGUGCCUCUCUCGAGAUGCAGCUGGAAACAUAAGCAUUCAGUUUCUGGGCACAGUGUACAAGUUACGAAUACUGACCAAGCUUGCUGCAGAGUUGAGUAAAUACAUGCCAGAGAAAGCAGUGGAGGAUACAACCAGUAUUUUGAGAUCACCAAUGCCUGGAGCAGUGGUGGCGGUUUCUGUAAAGCUUGGGGACUUGGUCUCAGAAGGGCAGGAGAUUUGUGUAAUUGAAGCUAUGAAAAUGCAGAACAGUAUGAUCGCUGCUAAAACUGGCAAGGUGAAAGCUGUGCACUGUAAAGCUGGUGAGACUGUUGGGGAAGGAGAUCUGCUCAUCGAACUGGAAUGA